CUUUGUAUGUACGUCAGAUUGACGUAGAUAUUGAGGUUAGAACAGAUCUUGUUUCAUGUUUUAGUUGAACAAGCUUUCCUCAAAGAUAACAGAUAGAAAACAAUGUGAUUUGGUUAUAUUUUAUCUAUCUGUUUCAUAAAAUGAAAAUAUAUUGUAGGAUUCCUUAUAUUUCACAUUCAUAAACAACCAAUUUCAAAUUACCAAAGUAUUAUCUGUUUAGUGAGUCUUCUAAUAUUGUAAAUAUGAACAAAGAAUCGAUUAUAGUUUCUUUAUCUUUUAUAUUUAUUUGUAUUAGUAUAAUUUUACCUAUUGCGACAGCAGAAGAUCAACCAAUUGAAAUCGAAAGUAGUAAAGAUACUAAGGAUGAACCAGCAAACAAAUUCAAAUUUUUGGAAGUCGAGAAUCUCGGCUUCAUACAUGCCUUUCUUGCAUCCUUCUCGGUUAUUUUGGUAUCGGAGAUUGGAGACAAGACAUUCUUCAUUGCAGCUAUUAUGGCAAUGAGACAUCCAAGACUUACAGUCUUUACUGGAGCCAUUGGAGCAUUGGCUCUAAUGACUAUUUUAUCAGCAAUAUUUGGUUGGCUAGUGAAUGUAGUUCCUAGAGUAUACACUUUUUAUAUAAGUACAGCGUUAUUUGCUAUCUUCGGCUUGAAAAUGUUGAAGGAAGGUUACUCUAUGUCGCCUACAGAAGGACAAGGAGAACUAGAUGAAGUGCAAAAUGAUUUAAGAAAGCAGGAUGAGGAAUAUGAGAAACAAGCUAUGUUACCAGAUCCUGAAUUGGGUGUUCAAAAGAAAGCUAAACCAAAAAGUGCUCUAUUAGCAACAUCUCGGAUCCUAUUACAGUCUUUUACACUUACAUUUUUGGCAGAGUGGGGCGAUAGAUCUCAGUUGACAACUAUUUUGUUGGGUGCUAGAGAGGAUGUCUAUGGAGUGAUUGUUGGUGGAAUUUUGGGGCAUAGCAUUUGUACAGGAAUGGCAGUUCUUGGUGGUAAAAUGAUAGCUCAAAAGAUAUCUGUCCGAACAGUUACCAUAAUUGGUGGAGUAGUUUUUCUGCUAUUUGCAUUCUCCGCAUUAUUCAUCGACCCCACCGGUGGAUAAUAUCAAAACUUUAUGGUUCAUUUUGGACCCUUCAGUAAGAAUAUUAAUAUUUAUGAUACAGGUGGAAAUUUCACCUCAUUUCAUCGAAGUACUUGUAAGAAAAAACCAUGUAAAUAAAAUGAUAUAUUUUUAAGGUUUUUUUACCAUCA